AUGGACACAUCUGACCGACCGGUUCAUCCAUCAACAUCAGUGACCUCGACUGUGCCACCUCCAGAUGGCGGGUUCCAUGCGUGGGCCCAAGUUGUAUCGGGCCACUUGGUCGUCGCUCUGACAUGGGGUUACGCUUCUAGCUUUGGGGUAUUCCAAAAUCACUAUCAAGCCACUCUACCCCAAACUCCUUCGGAUAUCUCAUGGAUAGGUGGAUUCCAAGUGUUCUGUCUCCUAUUUAUUUCCACGCUAUCUGGGCGAGCAACAGAUGCCGGGCUUGCACGACCGGUAGUAGCCCUGGGCGCGUUUCUUCUGCUAUUAGGUACAUUCAUGACAAGUCUGGCCACGGAUUACUGGCAAAUUUUCCUAGCACAGGGCCUCUGCAUAGGUAUCGGUCAAGGUCUGAUGUGGCUGCCGAGCGUGACGUUGAUUUCCACGUACUUUGCGCGCCACCCUGUCUUCGCUGUCACAGCUGCGGCCACUGGUACGAGUACAGGGGGUAUCAUUUUCCCGGCAAUGAUCCAGUAUCUCACUCCUCAAAUUGGGUUCUUUUGGGCGGUUCGUUGCAUGGGACUUGUCGCCCUGAUUAUGGUUCUCAUCGUCCUCGCGCUCUUACGUCCGAGGCUUCCUCCCCGCAAGUCAGGUCCACUUGUUAAAUUGGAAGCAUUCAAAGAGCCGGCUUAUAUGCUUUUCACUCUUGGGGUAUUUCUCCUUUAUUGGACACUGUAUUUUGCUUUCUUCUACGUUUAUGCGACGGAAACGCUGCACCUUUCUCAGUCAGCCGCCGUCAACCUUAUUAUUGUCAUCAAUGCAUGCGGUAUUCCAAUUCGCGCGCCCUGCGGAUACUUGGCCGAUCGAUACAUUGGCCCACUUAACUGUCUGAUUCCCUGGGUAGGUCUAUGCGGUAUUCUAAUGUUCUGUUGGGCCGCAGUUCAUACUGUCGUCGAACUCUACGUAUUCGCCGUAUUCUACGGUCUGGCCUCGGCAGCCGCCAUGGCUUUGUUUGCCGGUACUGUGCCUUCGUUGACUAAAGACCUGGACAAAAUUGGAACUCGAGUUGGAAUGGCGCUCACGUUGAUGAGCUUCGGACCCUUGACUGGCCCUUCUGUCGCGGGAGCGUUGAUAGCUCGGACGGGAGGUAGCUAUCUUUCUGGACAGAUCUGGGCAGGUGCCGCUUUGAUUGUAGGUGCGUUGGCUCUAGUCGGGACGCGCAUCAUUAUAUCUGGACCUCGUCUUCGAGUGAAACUAUAG